ACAUAUGGAUGAAAGAGCUCUUUUUGUUUUCAAGAGGCGUCAUUGAUCAUCAUCGUCAUUGGUCAGUUGACCUCGGAGGAGGGAACAUUGCGUUGCGUUAUCUUUUGGUAAAAUGGCUUAUUUUAAUAAUUUCCAUAACUUGUUCCGAGUGAUAACCAGAUGCUGCAGUACGAACUCGAUAGUGAACAAAACUAUGAAUAACAAAUUAAUCUUGUAUGGGGAUGAAGUAUCCCCUCCCGUUCGGUUCGCCCUGAUGGUUGCAUCCGUGUUGGAGAUCAAGUUAGAUUACCAACACGUAGACCUUUUUAAGGCAGAGAAUAAAUCUCCAUUUUAUACAAAGAUUAACCAACUACAAAAAGUACCCGCGUUGCAAAUCGGCGAUGACGUCAUUUGUGACAGUCAUGCCAUUGCAUUGUACCUAUGCCGCAUCGGAGAGGGACGGCGACUGUACCCAACAAACCCCAUUACAAGAGCAAAAGUCGACCAGACCAUGUUCUUCAACUCUGGCACGUUGUUUCCGAUUGACAGCUAUAUAUUUACGGAUUAUUUUCGAGGCAAGUGGCCUGCCAAUGAUGUGAAGAUUCAGGAGUGGCACUCUGCGGUGGAUCGUUUAGAGCAUCUUUUGGUCAAUCAGAUGUGGUUGGCUUGUGACACGGUUACACUUGCUGAUUUGUGCUGUGCAACAACAGUAAGCUCGCUACAACUAUUGUUACCCCCUAUGUUGGACCGACAUGUUAAAGUUAAGCAAUGGUUAGACAGGUUUCAAAAGCUCUCUUGCUAUGAAAUAAAUUUACGUGGAUUAGAGCGACUGAAAAGUUGUAUUUGUAGUUUAGAAUAAAUAUUCGAUUAAUAAAA